AUGGCAGAGCCCCUCGCUGUCCUGUCCCUGCUCGCGUCGAUAGGGCAGCUCCUCGACUAUGGUGCAAGACUCACCUCCCGUCUGCGGGAUCUGGGCAGUGCCAAUGGGGAGUUUGCUGCGUUGAGGGCGAGAGUCACCGCGCUGACAGGGCUGUUGGGACGGGUUCGGGUGCAAUUGAGCCAUGACAGAGUAGGUGGUGGGAGUGGUGAUGAAAGGCAAGGAGUAGCAGAGGGCUUACUCCCGGUUGUGGCGAGUUGUUGUGAGAAUAUUCGGAAGAUCCUGGGGAUGGUCGACCGGGUUAUGCCGGUUGCAGCGGCAAUUGGUGGGGAUAGUGGUGAGAAGAAGAAGCCGAUGGUGUUGUUGUUCAAUAAGUAUGUGAGAGCGGCGAAGGCGUUGGCGAUGGACAAGGAGUUUAAAAAGUUGAGUCAGCAGUUGGGAGAGAGCGUACAGUUGAUCAGUCUGUGGCAGACGACUGUGCUUGUUGAUUUGGUUGGUAGGAGAGUGGAUGGGGCUGGAGAGGAAGGAGGAGUUGGGGAGAUGCCGGACGCUGCGAGGGAACGGGCAGUCGUGAAUGGCUCUGUCGACAGGACACCGGACACAAGUGAGGACAGUGAGUACAGCGAGGGCAGUGAGGGUGCGACAGAUCAUGUGCAUACCACGACAGUGGUUGUGCGGACUUCGACAGCAGUAGCAAGCGACGCUGUCGACGACUCUGACCGGCCACCUAGUGACGACAGUCGACCGUCGACAUGUGCACAGCACUGCAGCUGUACCUGCCAUCGGCCUUUCCAGCUCUCGACCCCAGCUCAGCUCGCAUCCUGGUUGGGCCACCUCUCCGUUUCCUCCUCCGGCAGUCUUACACCACUUACUCCUUUCCGCCUUCCCUGCACUGAACGCCGUUGUCGCCGACACGCCACCUCAUCGACGCGCGUCACACUGCGACUCCCGGACUGGCUCCUCCCGAUCGCGCUGAACCUCUCUCUGUCCUCGACCGCUCUCAACACCCACAUCAAUCUCAACACCUUACGCAUCUUGCCAGACACCGCCGAAGUCUUCUCCGUCAUCUCCCGCGGCGACCUCGCCUACCUCCAGCAGAUGUUCGCUGCUCGCCAAGCAUCGGUCUAUGAUGUUUCGCGGUCGAAUUGGUCGCUUGUGCACACAGCAUUCACGUUGGGGAAGAUGGACAUCGCAUCCUUUCUUGUCUCAGAAGGUGCAGAUCUGACGAUCUGUGCGACGAACGGCAGCAGGGUCAUUGAGCGGGCGUGGUUCUGUGCGCAGAAAUCGACGACGGAGGCCGGCGGGUACGUGUUGAGUGAUAACGAUAUUUUGAGGAAUGUGGAUGUGGACGACUUUGUCAGUAGUCAGCAGUAUACACUGGUGCACAAGAUCUUGUUGGGCCUAGCGGGAUCGCUGAGUUUAGAAGAUCUGUUGAGGGCGUCGACCAGGGAGAUCGAUGUACAAGAUGUGAGCGGGGCGACGCCGCUGUGGUGGGCGAGCGCGCAGGGGAACUUGGUGGCGUUGAGAACGCUUCUGAAGUAUGGCGCAGACCAGAACAUCGGUGCCGGGUUGAAACAGCUUCCGUUGCAUGUGGCGAGGAGCGCGGACACUGCGAGAAUAUUGAUGAACGCGUCGGUCGAUGGCCGCCAGAUGAGUGCACUGGAUGAUCUGGGGAGGAUGCCAUUGCACUGUUACUGCUAUCGGCAAGUCGGGCCGAAUCAGGAUUUGGUCAAAGCAGUGGUGAGUGAGUAUGGAGCGGAUACGAAUGCUGUAGCUAGUGGUGGGCAGACUCCGUUGCAUUACGCGGUUAUGUUUGGGAAUUCUGAGCUGAUUGAGCCAUUGUUGGAGGGAGGAGCAGACAUGAGUUUUCGGAUGAAGAACGGCAUGACACCUUUGCUGGCAGCGUUGAGGUACGACAAGGCGAGCUGCGUCUCAUUGCUCCUGGCCAAGGGCGCCGACGUCCUCGCUACGAUGAACGACGGAGAAGGGGUCUUCCAUCUCGCGGCUAGAUGGGCUGGAGUGCGAUGUCUCGGAAGUUUGGUCGACCAUGUUCACAGCAGUGAGGGCAUUGCUGUUCUGCUUGACGAAGCAGAGCUGAGGCAACCGUACGAGAGUCGCUCUGGCCGUCCACCAGAUCUCGAUGAGGCUUUCGUCAAUCUGCUGGAGGUGUUGAAGAGGUGGAAUAUGUUGAGACCGUGCGAGCGUGGAUUGCCGUCUGUAACAGACUACAGAUCGGAUUUGAGCAUGCCUGGUGCCUUCAGGUAG